AUGGUGAUGGAAGUGGUGACAACCGUUGCCGACAAUGGCACGGUGAACUUCACUCGUAUCUACCGUACCGAACCGACCACCGUUCCAGUCCAUGUCGGGAGGAUCCUCACAAAUAUACCAGCCUACCGCUUCAUCUUCAAAGACCCACUCGACCUGCAGAAGCUCUUCGAAGACCCUGCUCGCGCUAGUAUCGCUAUCUGCAAGGGAAUGAAGAAGCUCCAUCUUGACUUGCUGCAGGCCCUCACAGAUGUGGAGUUGACCAAGAGGGAAGAAGAGAUAGGAGAUCCUACUGGACCCAACACUGGCCCGUUGUUGGCGAAUUGGAGAAAUGCCUGCCGGGCGAUUCCCAAAGAUCACGCGAUCGAGGAGCUUAUCUUUGACGUGUCCUGUGCGAAUAAAGAUGCGUUGGGGCCGUGGUUGACCAAGAGAUUGAUUCAGCUUCUCAGUACUACCAUGAUGAUCAAGGCGAAGGGGGACUUGCGUUGUGUGGUGCAGGGACUUGGGGAUCUGACUGAGUUGAAGAGGUUUGUUGUUAGUCGGUAG